CAAUUUUAUUAGAAAAUUGCUGUUCAUCAGCUGACUUGGAUUCGUUGUGCUGGAUGGUUGGCAUUCGUCCACAGUGGGGGGGCACCCGGUUUGCCGACUGGGGUCCUGCUGGAGCGCCAUCGAGCUGAGUGCUCUCACAUCCAAAGUCUCCUUAAAGAGGGUAUCUCAUGCUGUUCAGGGUGAAGCAGGAGUUGGUAAACCAGGCUGAAAGCUUUUACCAGACCCAGGAACAAUGGCAUCAUAAAUAUAGGAACGCCUGGAGAUCCACCGGAUAUGAAUGAAUGUAGUAGACAUUCAAAAAAAUCCCAAAAAACAAAUAAGGAACAAAAACCGGGAUAUAACUUUCCAACUUUUGGACAGAUUUAGUAGAGAUACUCAAUUGUUUUAGGCCACCAUUAAAUGUACACAAGUACACACAAUCUACACUGCAAAACCGCUGCUCAAGCUCUGCAACCAUUCUGUCCAGUGGACAGUGAUCAAUGAUAUAAUAAUCAUUAUUAUAUUAUUAAUUAGCCCAUUAUUAUUACUAUCAUUAUUCUUCUUCUGAUUAUUACUACAACUAGUAGGCUCGUAUUAGCCUGCUUUUGCCCUAUUAUAUUAAAUUUGUCAGAGAUUUUUUUUUGUAAAAAAAAAUCAAUUAAAAAAUUAAUAAAAUAUCAAAUUAUUUAGGGGGGUUUAGAAACAUUUAGAAGCAAGGAACAAGGAACAAGAACCGGGAUAUAACUUUCCCACUUUUAGACAGAUUUAUUUAUUUACUUCUAUUAUAUGAAAUUUGUCAGAUUUUUUUUGUAAAAAAAUAAAACAAAAAUCUAUUAAAAAAUAUCAAAUUAUUAUUACAUAUAUUAUUAUUAUUACAAUUUAGAAACUUUUUUUUUAAAUCCAAAAAACAAAUAAGGAACAAGAACCGGGAUCUAACUUUCCCACUUUUAGACAGAUUUAUUUAAUAAUUUUUAUUAUAUGAAAUUUGUCAGGUUUUUUUUUGUAAGAAAAAAAACUACAAAAAAUAUCAAAUUAUUUAGAGGGGCCGAAGCCCCCUAAAAUAGGCCUAAUGAUGCCACUGAUAGGCACCGACCAAAUUCAAACGGUGGUGGAUGGACGGAUGGACAGAUGGACGGAUGGAUGGAUGAAUGGGUGGAUGGAUGGAUGGAUGGGUGGAUGUUCUUGAAGAAGACUUAAUACACCAGUGAAUGGAAAGCUUCCAUUCUUGCAGUGGCUCAUAAUAAUUAAUCAUUUCUUUGAAUGAUUUGUAUUAUUCUAGUGUUUUUCUGUUUUUAUUUUUUUAAAUAAUUUAAAUUAAUCAAUUUAAAAAUAAUUUUCACAUAUUUUUCCACGAUUUUCUCGUCUGUGUUAAACGAAAAACACGCUAACUGGGGCAGACGCUAACCAAGGUUCGUCUGUAUUUCAACUGCUUGAUCCGCUAAGCACGCUUGAAUUAGUCAGACUUGAAUUAGAGAGAGAGAGGAAAGCGAGAGAGGGCGGCUCAAUCAGCUUAUCUUUCUACCACAUUCACCCCUUCCAGUGUCUUGGUCUUGUUCUACUCGCCAUGGCGCCACGGCGGUACAUCUCCCCCAACUCACAGAAAGUCACUGCAGCUUCACACCCCGGUCCCUACGGAGAGCCACACAAAUUUGAUCCUUCAUUCAGAGGUCCAGUGCACAGAAGGGGCUGCACAGAUGUCUUCUGUUGUUUCAUCUUCAUCCUUGUCAUCCUGUCAUACGUCAGCCUUGGGAUCGUAGCUUGGUUACAUGGUGACCCUGGGAAGGUUCUCCAUCCAACCAACAGUAAUGGCGAGUUUUGCGGUCAGGAGGGGACCUCCAAUGCGAAGCAGCCAAUUCUCUUCUAUUUCAACAUCAUAAAAUGUGCCAGUCCUGCUAUUCUCAUCAACCUACAGUGCCCAACAACUCAGAUGUGUGUCUCCAAGUGCCCUGACAAAUUAGUUACUUUUACUGCGAUGCAACUGCAGCACAAACUUGGCAACAGUUCCUGGGAGUAUUACAGACAGUUCUGUAAACCUGGAUUUGAUCAUCCUGAAAAGCCGGUAGCUGAGGUGCUGCGAGACGAGGAUUGUCCUUCCAUGAUUGUGCCAAGUAGACCAUAUCUUCAGAGGUGUCUGCCAGAUGUCCUCACUCUUAAUGAGACCGUGAGUUUGGCAAAUAAGUCAAAGUCCAAAGAAGCUCUGGAAAUAGAAGAUAGUGUCACCGAACUCCAAGAUGUUGCCCGAGGAAUAAGAGGACUGGUGGAUGCUCAGCAGCUCGGGCAGAAGAUAGUGGAGGAUUUUUCCAAGUCGUGGCCAUGGAUUCUCCUGGGUCUUCUGAUGUCCUUGGUUUUCAGUUUUAUCUUCAUCGUUCUGCUGAGGUUCACCGCUCGGCUGCUGUUGGGGACGACCAUCAUAACCGUCAUGAUACUUCUGUCAUACGGUUUGUGCUUCUGCUCCUUGAGGUUGACCGAGCUCGGACAAAGUCAAGGUUCUGAUGUGUCUAUCAUGGAAGUCGGUCUGCAAACGGACAUCAAAGUCUAUCUGCAGCUGAAACAAACGUGGAUCAUUUUAUUGAUGUGCCUUGGAAUGACGGAAGUUUCAAUCUUCUUCAUUCUGGUCAUCGUGAGGCGGAGGGUGGAGCUGGCCGUUGCCCUCCUGAAAGAGGCCAGCGGAGCCAUCGGUCACGUCAUGUCCGCUCUCUUCUACCCAGUCGUCACUUUUCUCUCUCUUGCUUUGUGUGCUUCCUGCUUCACCGUUACUGCCUUGAACUUAGCAUCUUCAAGGGAAGCCAUCCAUAAAGUCACGUCUCCUGAUGUGAGAUGUCCUCAUUCCAACGCCACUUGCAACCCUGAGACAUUCAACAGAAGCAGCAGCGACAAAGAAACAGCGUGUCUGGGUUCCCGGUGUUGGUUUACGUUGGAUGGAGGGGAGACGCUGUACCAUCGCCACCUCUUCCUGCUUCAGCUUUCCAACCUGCUCGUCUUUCUCUGGUUGGUUAACUUCAGCUUGGCCUUGGAACAGUGCACUCUAGCCGGAACGUUUUCCAGCUACUACUGGGCCAGGAGGAAACCUCAGGAUGUUCCUCCUUGGCCGCUGUUUUCAGCCUUCAGCACGGCCAUCAGGUAUCACACAGGCUCCUUGGCCUUUGGGGCUCUGUUUCUCUCUGUUGUCCAGCUUUUCCGGAUCAUACUAGAAUACCUGCAGCAGAAACUAAAAGGUCUGGACAACAGCCUGUCCAGGUUUAUAAUAUGCUGUCUUCAAUGCUGUUUCUGGUGCUUGGAAAAAUUCCUUUGCUACAUGAACCGAAACGCGUACAUCAUGAUGGCAAUCUAUGGCAAGAAUUUCUGUACCUCGGCCAGAGAGGCCUUCUUUCUUCUCAUGAGAAAUAUGGUCAGGGUCGCUGUUCUGGACAGAAUCACCGACUUUCUCUUAUUUCUGGGCAAAGUCAUGAUAGCAGGAGGAAUUGGUGUGGUAGCAUUUCUUUUCUUCACACGGAAAAUGCCCCUUCUACGGGAACAAGUGCCCAACCUCAAUUACUGUGAGCUUUCGAUCAUGGCAAUAGUGGUGGGUGCCUACCUGAUUGCUCAUGGUUUCUUCAGUGUCUACACCACCUGUGUCGACACUCUUUUCCUCUGCUUCUGUGACGACCUGGAGAGGAACGACGGGAGCUCAGAAAAGCCUUUCCUCAUGUCCCCAGAGUUGCACAGGAUUUUGGGAAAUUCCUUACGGCCACAUUGAGAUGCAACCAACCUAACAGCCACUCUGCAAGCAAGAUGGUCAAAAAGUUCACAUUGGGAGUGACCAGGAUGGAUAGGAUCAGGAAGGAGUACAUCAGAGGGACAUUACAUGUUACAGACCUUGGAGAUAAAGUCAGUUAUCGACCAGACUGACAUGGUUGGGACAUGUCCAGAGGAGGGAUAGUGAAUAUAUUGGUAUAUAUUGAAUGCUGCCAGGUAGGAGGCGUAGAGGAAGACCACAGAGGAGGUUUAUGGAUGUAGUGAAGGAGGACAUGAGAAAGACAGAUGCAGAAGAUGGGGUUGGAUGGAGGAGACUGAGUUACUGUGGCGACCCCUGAAGGGAAAAGCCCAAAGAGAAAGAAGAAGAAGAACUUUAUCCUUUUGUUUUUCUGUUGUUGUAUUUUAUCUUGGCAAUAUUACAAAAUAACCCAGUUACCUCAUUAUACUUCAGUACAAUGUCUUGAUUCUUUGUUUUUUUCCAUGAAUUAAAUACAGUGCAUUCCCUUUUAAAAAUGUACCAGACACAUUAGAUGUAUUUGUACAAAGUAUUGGCUAGGUACCACCACAAGAGACUGGGUCUACGAGAACAAGACGAGACAUUAACAUUACUUUUAAGAAAAGUACCAUGAAAAAAUACAUGACCAUAUGUAACGGCCUUUGUUAGGUUUCUGAUGGACAAAAGAAUGAAAAUAGUUCUUUUUCCUCCACUUCUGCACCCCUUGUCAAUGCCAACCACGUUGUGUGGCAAAGAGAGGAAGUACUUGUUUUAAUGGUAAACAAAACACAGAUUUUAUAUUUACAAUGUUUCACAACACUGCCGACUAGUGGCCAACAUAAGUAACGAAGUGGGAGAGAGAAAGGGAAGGAGUGAUUAAUGACACGUGAA